AUGGCAGCAGAGAUGUCCCUGAGCCAUCGAGCGCCCCACAGGGUGCUGAGUGAGGCUGAACUGGAGGAGGUGGCUCAGAGGAAACCUCCCACCAAGCCCUCUCUGCAUGGCUGUCUCCACAAGACCAGAUGCUCGGGCUCUGCUGCCAAGUCCCUGGUGUUCCGCUUCCUGCCCUUCCUGCGCUGGCUGCCCCGCUACCCAGUCAAGGACUGGCUCCUGGGGGACAUUGUUUCGGGCUUCAGUGUGGGCAUCAUGCACCUGCCCCAGGGGCUUGCCUAUGCACUGCUGGCUGGGCUCCCACCGGUCACAGGUCUCUACUCCUCCUUUUACCCUGUCUUCCUCUACUUCUUCUUUGGAACAUCAAGGCACAACUCCGUGGGUCCCUUUGCUGUCAUCUCUGUCAUGAUCGGGAGUUUGACGGAUUCCCUGGUGCCCAGCGAGAACUUCCUGGAGUCCGUCAAUGGCAGCAAUGCAACGGUCAAUGAGGAAUUGCGUGAUGCUGCCAGGGUGGAGCUGGUGGCCACCAUCACUGUCCUGACAGGUAUCUUCCAGGUGGCCUUGGGCCUCCUGCAGUUUGGAUUCGUGGUGACCUAUCUCUCAGACCCGCUGGUGCGUGGCUACACCACUGCUUCCUCUGUGCAUGUUCUUGUCUCCCAGCUCAAAAAUGUUUUUGGAGUCUCCCAGGGCGAGCACUCAGGGCCGCUCUCACUGUUUGUGACUGUCAUCGAUCUCUGCAAGAAGUUGCCAGACACCAAUGUGGGCACCCUGGUGACUGCCAUCAUUGCCAUGGUGGCCAUCUUGAUUGUGAAAGAGCUCAACCACAAGUUUGCAGCCAAAUUGCCCAUGCCCAUCCCCAUCGAGCUCAUCACGAUCAUUGUUUCCACUGGCAUCUCCUAUGGGGUCAACCUGAAUGACAAAUUUGGCAUCUCUGUGGUGGGCAACAUCCCCAGCGGGCUGAAGCCACCUGUGAUCCCUAAAUUCAGCUACUUUGGGCAGGUGGCAGGCAAUGCCUUUGCCAUUGCUGUGGUAGGCUAUGCCAUCUGCAUCUCCCUGGGCAAAAUUUUUGCCCUGAAACAUGGCUACAAAGUGGACAGCAACCAGGAGCUGAUUGCACUGGGCCUCUCCAACUUCCUGGGAGGUUUCUUCCAGUGUUUUGCCAUCAGCUGCUCCAUGUCAAGGAGCCUGGUACAGGAGAGCACAGGGGGCAACAGCCAGGUAGCUGGUGUCAUUGCAUCCCUGGUCAUCCUGGUGACCAUUCUGAAGAUCGGAGAGCUCUUCCGGGACCUGCCCAAGGCCAUCUUAGCUGCCAUCAUCAUUGUCAACCUCAAGGGCAUGUUCAAGCAGUUCAGCGACCUCAGCACUCUCUGGAAGUCCAACCGGGUGGACCUGCUGGUCUGGAUUGUGACAUUCGUAGCCACCCUCCUGCUGAACUUGGACAUUGGCCUGGCAGUCUCGGUAGCCUUUGGGUUGCUCACGGUCAUCUUCCGUACCCAGCUCCCCCACUACUCCAUCCUGGGGCGCAUCUCCGACACCGAUGUCUACAGGGAUGUGAUGGAGUAUGAGAUGGCACAGGAGGUGCCUGGCGUGAAGAUCUUCCGCUCUUCUUCCACCAUCUAUUUUGCCAAUGUGGAGCUGUAUGCUGAGGCCCUGAAGAAGAAGAGCGGCAUUGAUGUGGACCGUGUGAUUGAGAAGAAGAAGAAGGCCCUCAAGAAGCUGAAGAAACAGCAGAAGAAACUGGAGAAGGAAAAGGCAAAGAGGAAAAAGAAUGCAGAGGAUGGUCCAGGUCUGGCGGUGAUUGAGUUGAGUGGGGGAGAAAGCAGUGCACCCUCAGAGCCCACUCUGCGCAGCCUAGGGCUGCCCCAGCCCAACUUCUACGCCGUCGUCUUGGACUUCAGCCCCGUCAGCUUUGUGGACACUGUCUCCAUCAAGAUCCUGAAGAAUAUCUUCAAGGAUUUCCAUGAGAUAGAAGUGGAUGUCUUCGUUGCCGGCUGUGGGGUAUCUGUCCUGGCCCAGCUGGAGCGGGGCAACUUCUUCAGUUCAGCCAUCACCAAGCACUCCUUCUUCCCCUCGGUGCAUGAUGCCGUGAUGCAUAUCAGCAGGGAGCGGCACCAGGCCUCGGCGGACCACAGCACCAGAAUGUAGCCCCUCAAGAGGAAGACAUCUCCCUCAGGAGCCAGGCAGGCAAGGAUGCCUUUGCCACCCUGAUGCCACCAACUCGCCCACCCUGGGGCCUAGACACCCUGAUCCCCACCAGCCCCUCUGGACUCCGAGCGCUGGGCCCUGCCCUGUCCAUGAGCCUUGCUGUGAUGGAGCUGCUUCUGGACACAACUGCUUCUGGACACAACUGCUGCUGGACACAACUGCUGCUGGACACAGCUGCUGCUGGCUGCCAUGCCCAGGGGCCACCUGGUGCCUCCACAUUGCCCCAGCACGGGCCUGCCCCACCAGGCCAGCACAUGCUUUGGGGGGUGGUGGAGAGGCCAAAGAGUUCCUGCUCCCAGCAGUGGGCUGCCAUCAUGAAUAAAGCUACGUGGUGUUUCUCAGGGUUGGUUUCAAUGCCCUUUUCUCAAUAACGGCACUUUUGAGCCAGACCAGCACCAGCCAGAGACCAGCCCAGCACUGCUGGGAAUGGCCUCCCUGCAGGAGGAUUCCAGUUCAUUUUCCCCCAUGAGGGCUCCCCAGCACCCUCUCUCUGGCUCUUUUCUGCCACUUCUCCCCAUGACCUGCUCUGGGGCGUGGGGCUGUGGCCAAAGGAACAAUAGGGGAGGAUCCCCAUUCUCAGAAGAGUCACAGCACCUGCCCUGCCCGACUGGGGAGUCCCUAGUGCUCCUGCUGGCUGCAAUCACAAAUGCACCAAAGGGGAAGGUGCUGCAGCCAAGAGAAGGCUGAUACUGGGUUGUGGGGGGUAGGGGGAGUAAGGUUGGUUCCACAGUUUCAAUAUCUAUCAUUAUUUUUCUUUUCUUUUCUUUUCUUUUCUUUUCUUUUCUUUUCUUUUCUUUUCUUUUCUUUUCUUUUCUUUUCUUUUCUUUUCUUUUCUUUUCUUUUCUUUUCUUUUCUUUUCUUUUCUUUUCUUUUCUUUUCUUUUCUUUUUCUGUUUCUGUGCCUUGCAGGCACCCUUGAUUUUUUUUUUUUUAUAAACAGGAUUUUUUGUUUUUUCACUUUCACCCCCGGUAUCCUUUUUUCUCAUUGGCAGAAGAAAAGGGAGUUAUUGAAGUCCUUUCUCUUUAGAGGAAACACUCAUUCCAGGGUGUUUUCUCCUGAAAUUUGUCUCAAAACCAAGAAAACUACAUUCCUUCUUUGCAGCUAACAGAAGCUUAGAUGGCUGCCUGUGUCAGCUUUUUGGACUUGUGUAUAUUGUAAUACUCAUUUAGUAAUCAGUAAUACUACUUUACUAGUAUUGGGUUUGGUUUCUUUUUUUUUUUUUUUAAGAGUAAGCAGCACUGAAACAAGCAUUAAAUUGCUUUCUGCAGAUCUAACUGGAAACUCGGUGGUUUUGACAGAUCUCCUGUACAGUCCCUGGAAAUACUGGGCAAUUAUAGUGAAGAUAAGGACAUAGAGUCAUGUCUUUCAGAUGCUGAUAAAGAGGCAGAGUCCAGCUGCCAGAGUAAUAAGAAAUGGAAGGAAGCCUUAGCACCAAUGCUUUAUAUGCUGUUCCCUGCAAAACUAAAAGGUAAGAUUUUAAAAUGCGUUAGUUCCUCUACCACGUUUUUUAAUAUAUUAAUGCACUUUAAUAUUUUGGAUGCUUUGUACUCUUCUUACUUGUCAGACACGUAUCCAAUAUUUAUUUCACAU